AUGGCCGCUGGUGUUGGUAUUAUCUGCGCCAACUCCCCAUUGAAGGGGCUUAGUAUUGGUCUGGCUAAGGCGGCGGCUCGGCCUACACCUACUGGUGAUGUUGGCCUGCUGGAUGCUAUGGAGGAAUUCCAUAUGUCCGAGGAGUUCAGGAAGCAGGCAGCUAAGAAACAGAGAAAACAGCAGAAGUAA